AUGAGUAGCAGCACUUUCGUUUCUGUGGCUUCGGCCGUCUCCGGUCUCGCCGUCCUCGGAUGUCUUCUCACCGUCGGAAUGAUCUUCAAUGACAUCAAUUCCUUCUACGAUGAGAAGAUUGAGGAGCUGAAAGAGUUCAAAGGAAUGGAGCAGAGUGCCUGGGAGUCCAUGAUCCCAGCCACCCGUCCAGUCACAGCCGAAUCCUUCCUUUUUGGCCGCAACAAGAGACAGGCUCAGUGCAACUGUGGAGCUCAAUCCCGCGGAUGCCCAGCUGGACCACCAGGACCACCAGGACAGCCAGGAGUCCAGGGAGAGUCAGGACUUCCAGGAAUUGCUGGACAGCCGGGAUCCGGAGCCAGAGUCAACCCACAAACCGGACGUGACAGCUUCUGCAUCACCUGCCCGGCAGGACCACCAGGACCAGCAGGAUCUCCAGGAGCUCCAGGACCAGCUGGACGAUCUGGUGCACCAGGGCAAGACGCUUUCGGAGGAGGCCAGGGCCCAGCUGGACCACCAGGGCCAGCCGGAGACGCCGGAGCCCCAGGAAACGCAGGAUCUCCAGGAGCCCCAGGAAACCCAGGACGUGGAGGACAACGCAGCCGUGGAACUCCAGGAGCCGUCGGAGCGCCGGGACCACAGGGACCUGCUGGAGCCCCAGGACAGCCAGGACAGUCUGGAGGAUCUGGAGCCCCAGGAGCGCCAGGACCUGCUGGAGCUCCAGGACAACCGGGACAGCGCGGAGGAAACGGAACCCCAGGAGCGCCAGGAAACUCUGGAGCCCCAGGAGGAGACGCCGGUGAGUAUGAUCACAUCAUCCAUAUUCUGAUAAUAUCCAUUUGCAGCCUACUGCCCAUGCCCGGCUCGUUCCGCCGCAAUGGCCGCCCGUUCUCGCGUCUCCGCUCGUUCGCGUGCCGCAGUCGUCAAGCGCCGCCGUGUGGUCAAGAGAGUCCGUGUGCAGAAGGCAUAA